AUGGUAGAAUGGUUAGCAGCCAAGCUCAACAACGUGCUGGACUGUCUUAAACAUCCAUCGUACGCUUCUCCAUAUUCUAGCUUCAAAAUCUUGCCCCGGUCUAUAGUGUGCGAGGACAACAAUCUGCAGGGUGACAUCACAAUCAGUUCCGGCUGUGUCAUCCACCCAUGUUCGAACAUCAUUGCCGAAUCGGGACCGAUCGUGCUGGGUGAAAACUGUAUCGUCGAAGAGUAUGCCACGUUACGCUACCGCCUGCCGAAAGACCAUCCGGACUAUGGCCAGCUGACGGAGGAAGGAACCGCCAAACCACUCGUUAUCGGGCCGGACAACGUGUUCGAGGUGGGCUGUACGGUGGAAGCGCUUUCCAUCGGCGAACGGAAUGUUUUUGAGUGCAAGAGCUACGUGUCGGCCGAUGUGACCAUAGGGAAUGGGUGUGUUAUUGGUGCCGGCUGUCGGCUGGUGGGUAAACAAACGCUGGCAGAUAAAACGAUCGUGUACGAGGGUCAGUGUAUGCAGCGGGAAGCGAUGGACAAGCAGAAGACGCAGAUGAUACAGCUGGACUAUCUGCGAAAGAUACUGCCUAACUAUCACCAUCUCAGGAAGGCUAAUUAUGAUCCAAAGAAGGCAAGGGCACAGGUUUGA